AUGGAGCAUCUUCGAAGUGUCUAUGGUACUCUGGCAAUUGGUCUGAUGGCAGCAACAGUUGGCGCAUUUCUGCAUCUCUUCACCGACUUUCUUCGUGCCAACUUUCUCCUCACGUUGGCCUCAAUUGUGCUGAUGAUUGCCCUGUCCAAUACGCCACAUAAUGCACAGAAUGAGCGCAAACGACUGAUCUAUUUCCUCUCAUUCUGCGCUCUUGGAGGAAUAAUCAGUGCUGGCUUCCUGUUCAUUCUGGUCACGGCGAUUUUCUCCAGUUCCCCGUUCAUGCACACCACCUGUCUGUGGAUGGCAUUUGCGAUCAAUUGCGCUCUGGUUCUGUACGAUACACAACUGAUCUGUGAGAAACGCCGCCGUGGUGAUACUGAUUACAUUUGGCAUACCAUUGAACUGUUCAUCGAUUUCAUCAAUCUGUUCCGCUACGUUUUGGUCAUUCUCAGUGACAAAAAGGAGAAAAGCCGCAAACGCAACGAUUGA